CGACGACGACGACGGCGGCGGCGGCGGCGGCGACGACGACGGCGACGACGACGACAACGACGACGCCGCCGGGAAAGAGCAGGAGGAGGAGGAGGAGGUAUUGCGAGGACAUCGGUAGCGAGAACUUGGUACCAGUGACGAAGACGUUCAUAGUGAAGGUGCUAACGAUAGUACUACGCGUCAUCGUGUCACGGUCGAUCUCAUUUCGAGAACUCCGGAAUUCGGUGGUUUCAUUUUAAAGAGAGAGACAGACAGAGAGAGAGAGAGAGAGAGAGAGAGAGAGAGAGAAGGAGAGAGAGAGAGAGGAACAUUAGAUCGUGUCGUAAUCGACAUGGGCAGAUCGGAAGGCUAAUAUUUCAGGCUAACUUUUUCAGGUGUAUACGUUACGUGACGAAAAGAGAGAUUGAGAAUAAGAGUUUAGGUAAGAAAAGAUAGAUAAAGGGAAUAGAGGAAGGAAGAAAGUGAGAAAAAAGGAGAGACAACGAGAUAGACACGGUAUAAGAGUGAGUGAGAAAGAAAAAUAUAUAUAUAGGGAAAGAGAGAGAGAGAUAUAGACAGAGGAGUUGGUAGAGCUGCUGGUGUAAGGGGGUGGGGGUGUAGGAGGAAGAAGAGGCGCGCGCUGCGAGCGCUAGGAGCGGCGCCGUCGAAGGAGGAACCGUGUCUCUCUUUUCCUCAUCCUUCAGGAGAAGACCAGAGAGAGAGAGAGAGAGAGAGAGAGAGAGAGAGAGAGAGAGAGGGAGGGGUGAUAGAAUAGAGGUAGACGAAGAAGAAUAAGGAGAAGAAGAGGAAGAAGUAGUAAAAGAAGAAGAAGAAGAAGAAGAAGAGGUAGAAGCGGUGCCGCGGCACGCCGCGCCACGCCGCGUCGUCGUCUCUAACGUCAACGAUAAAUAAGAUAGAUCAAGAGAAAAGUCAAGUCAGAUAACAGAAAAAUGUUGGCGAGUGUAGGUGAACGGAGAGGGCCGGUGAUCGGUCUAGCUCUAAUAUUGCCUUUGAUUUUCUUCUUGUUACUUGUCAUGGCAUCUAGUCCAUCGAUGGCUCAUAGGCCAGCUCCGAACAAUCCAAUUUUGCUGCAGCCUUCUGUACCGAGCACCAGCACCAGCACGGUUACGCCCUACUGGAUGCAAUCUUCUUCUAAUAAUAAUAAUAAUAAUAAUCAUAAUAACAACAAUAACAACAACAACAACAACAACAACAACAACUAUAAUAAUAACAAUAACGCCAGCUUUGAGAACAGUGAUGAGAUGAACGGAAUUGGCGGAUAUAACGUCACCAUUCAUCAUCAUCAUCACUCGAAAGUAGGCGCUGAUAUGGCCGAGGAAAAGGCACCACUCUUCCCCAACGAUCUAUUUACCGUCCAACAACGACGACGUGGCGCCGUAAUACUUCACGUACUCGGUGUCGUCUAUAUGUUCGUCGCAUUAGCGAUCGUAUGCGACGAGUUCUUCGUACCCUCGUUGGAUGUUAUCAUAGAAAAACUUGAGAUUGCCGAUGACGUUGCUGGUGCCACCUUCAUGGCUGCCGGUGGCUCCGCACCAGAACUUUUCACAUCGGUCAUCGGCGUCUUCGUUUCAUUCGACGACGUUGGUAUUGGCACCAUCGUUGGAUCAGCCGUAUUUAAUAUUCUAUUUGUCAUCGGCAUGUGCGCUAUAUUCUCCCGUACCGUAUUAUCCCUCACAUGGUGGCCACUAUUUCGUGAUUGCACCUUCUAUAGCGCAAGCCUACUCACCCUGAUCUACUUCUUUCGAGACAAUUAUAUAUACUGGUACGAGGCCCUCGUGCUAUUUGGAUUCUACUUGGCAUACGUCAGCUUCAUGAAGUGGAACCAACCGAUGGAGAAACUCGUCAAGAGGAUACUCUACAGGAACAGGGUGACUAGGGUGAGGUCUACGGAUCAGCUGAUGCCCUCGCACCAGAGCGCCGCCCAAGCAUUGCAGCAUCCGAAUGCAACCAACAGUAGCGAGACGAGCGUGGGUGGUGUAUCGGGUGCAUGCGGGAGCAGCGGUAUGCCAGGAACAGGGGAUGCUGGCUGCAGUAGCAGCAGGGGUGGAAGCAGCAGUGGUGCUGGUGGAGGAGCCGGUACAACCGGACAGGCCUGCGAACAGGUCCCUUCAUCUCAUUCGACCAGGGAGAGCCACGCCAAGUUCAGGCACGGCCUACUACAGCUUAUGAUCCAUACGAUCGAUCCGCUCCACGACGGUCAGUCCCGCGCCGGUAAGGUGGACGAAAAAGCUACGCAAUUGCACGCGAUAGCGUCUUUGAAGGUGUUACUGGAUGCAACGAAGCCUCACAACGGUGCUGCGACCUCGACAGCGGCCCAUUAUUCCGGUACAUCCUCCAAGGAGACUACCCUACAACUUCAACAGGGUUCUCAGGGUACCACAACGACCACCACCACGACAACUACCACUGCUGGUACCACAGUUGGCAUUCAGGAACUUCCAAAUGGCGGUAUAGCCGCUGGUCUCGACGCCGGCCUCGAAUCGGGCGAAGAGGAUGAGCCUCCAGAAGCCUUGGACAUGGGCUGGCCUAGUAGUCCUAAAAAGAGGCUAACUUAUAUAUUAGUAGCACCGAUUCUCUUUCCUCUAUGGUUAACUUUACCAGACACACGAACACCCAGAGGAAAAAAAUUCUUUGCGGUAACAUUCAUUGGGUCGAUCGUGUGGAUAGCUGGAUACUCGUACCUGAUGGUCUGGUGGGCGAACGUAGUUGGUGAUACCGUUCGUAUACCACCGGAAGUGAUGGGCCUGACGUUCCUGGCUGCCGGUACCAGUAUUCCCGAUCUCAUCACAAGUGUCAUUGUCGCACGAAAGGGAUUCGGUGAUAUGGCAGUAUCGAGUUCUGUUGGUAGCAACAUCUUCGACGUCACUGUUGGGCUUCCGGUACCGUGGCUCCUCUAUGGCUUGAUCUAUGGGAAGCCAGUGGAGGUGAACUCGGUGGGUAUGGUGUGCAGCAUAGCGAUUCUCUUCUGCAUGCUACUAUUCGUGAUUAUGAGCAUCGCCUGCUUCAAAUGGAAAAUGAACAAGGGUCUCGGCUUCACGAUGUUCCUCCUCUACUUCGUCUUCGUCGCUGUUUCGCUCAUGUUCGAGUACGAGAUACUAGUCUGUCCGGUCUAGGAGAGAAAAGGAGAGCUAAAUGCUCAUGAACAAUAUUGUCUCGUGUUCGUCAUUGCGAAAUGGCACCAAAAGUAUCAACAUAAUCGUCAUCAUGAUCACGAUCAUCAUCACUAUCAUUAUCAUCGUCAUUAUCAUUAUUAUGGUUACCAUUAUCAUUAUUAUCAUCAGCAAAAACAGCUGCAACAACAGCAACAGCAUCCUCGCAAACGAGUCGACGAUCUCUUUCUCGAGCUGAGGAUUUGUGCGUUCUAUCGAUCUCAUGAAAAAGGAGAAGUAGAAGGAGGAGAAGGAAAAGGAGAAGGAGAAGGAGAAGGAGGAGAAGGAGGAGGAGGAAAAGGAGAAGGAGAAGAAGGAGAAAGAGGAGGAGGAAAAGGAGGAAGGAGGAGCAAGCCAGCCUUUCCACGACAUCGUCACCAUCGACCACACCACCAAUACCACUACCAACACCAAAAUCACUACCAGGAGCAUCAGCACAGUCAAGCAUCGCCACAGACAGUCAACACCCACCUAAGAAGAAAAGAAAAUAUUUCUUCUUUAUAGUCGAAGAUGUAUAUAUUGUAUAAACCUUGAAAUACCUGAAACGAAAUACUCAUCUGAUCUUAAGAAGAUUCACGAUGGUUCUCUAAUCAUGGAGCUAUCAUUCGUUCGUUCGUUCGUUCGUUUAGGCGUGGCGAGCGUGUCAGCCGAUCGUGCCAAGGAUUACAGAAAAUGAAAAGGAAAAAGAAAAAAAUACAAAAAAAAAACAAAGGAAUCGUGUUCCUCUUUUGCUUCAUACAUACAUAUGUUAUCUCGUAGAGAAAAAAAGUAAGAAAGAAAGAAAGAGAGAG